AUGAUAUCAGAUGACAUAUAUUGGGUACCUUAAGGAGUUAAGGUUAAUUGCACAAUUGAUGAUUUAAUUAAACCAAAUGUAUAAAGCCUAGCUACGUUUUAAUUUAAUUUUAAUCAAAUAAUAUAGACAGAUAACGAAAAAAAGUAGAAAAACAUAGAAGAUGAAAUCUUGGAAUUAUUAGGGAUCACUGAAGAAGAUCUUUUAUUAGAAUCUGCACUAUAAACUUAUGAUCAUAAAUAGUAUAUUGAAGAAUUGAUAUAAGAAGCCUUACAAGAUAAAUAAUAAUAAAUCCAAUUUUAACCUUAACAAUAAUCCAAUCCUUUAAAUAGUUCAUUUAAAACACUUUAUGAACGAUAAUAUUUGUCUUAUGCAGAAAGCACGUUAAAUUUUGAAGAAGAAAUUAAUUUUAAGACUCCAGAUUUAGCAACAUUAAAAAUUUUAUUAGAGCAGUAUUGUAGUGAUAAAGAAGACUUGGAAGAUUUAGAAUAAUACUUUAAUAAUAAUUAAUAAGGUAAAAUAAUUCAUAAAUUUACACAAUUAAGAGGAUAAGCUAAAUAGUUAGUAUUCAAUUAUAUAGAUUUGCAACAAAAAGACAAUUAAUUUAUUGAUAUAUUAUCAUAAAAGUUAAAAGAACUUUCCUUAAUAAAUCCAGUUAAGACAGAGUAUUUGCUUGAUUAUUUUAGCAAGGAUUAAUUGAGAAAUAUUUUAGAUAAACAAAUUCCAAUUGUGAGAUUUAAAAUAUUAUAAAAUUUACAAAAAGAUGAUAAGUUAAUGAUUGAAUAUUUUGAAUUAAUAUGCUAAUUACAUCCAGAUUAAGUUAUCUCAGAACUUCAAAAAGGAGGUUAUCCUUAAGAUGAAUGUCUUAAAUUAUGUAGAUUCUAUGGUAAUUUAAAAGGAUUAGCUUAUUUAUUGGAGAGAAGUGGAUCAGUUCUAGAAGCUAUUAAUUUGUAAUUUGAUGUAAAAAAAUAAUUAAUAUACUAUAGUUAUUUAUUUAAGGAUUGAAAUAAUAAAUGUAGAAAAAUCCUUAAUUAUUGGAAGGAUAAAAGAGUUUAUAUGUUUAUAUUUAAGAGCAUUUAGAACCAACAUUAAGUAUAUGUAGAGCAAAUACAAAAAGAAAUGAUGAUGAAAGUGAUGUAAAAUAAUAAAUAAAAAAUAGAAUAAUUGGUUUUAAGUUUUAAUUAGAUUAACUAAGUUAAGAUAGGAAUUCUAUAGAAUUAGAUUCUAUCCUGUUUUAAGAUGUUUUAAUUAACAUUUUACAAGAUUGUUGGAGGAAGUGUUGGAAAAAACUAAAAUCAAAAGUUUACUUGAAGUAAUGUGUAAUAAAUUUAUUUAUUGUAGAAUUUAAAUGAAACGAUGAAAUAUUUUGAGUUUCAAGAGUUGAAGUCAACAUUUUCUUAGCUUCUGUCUGGGUAACUAUAUGAAUUAGCAAUUUAUGGUCAAUCUACAAUGUUAAUAAAACAAACAUGUAAUAAAUAUUUAGUAUAAUUGCUUAAACAAUAAUAAUAAGGAAUAUCAGUUGAUAUUUAUUGUUCACACUGUUAAAAGUUAAUAGAUAUGGUAUCUAAAAUAUUUAUAGAUUGUAAACAUACAUUUCAUAUUGAAUGCUCAUCAGAAUAGCUUUGUAAAGGUUGUAUAAAUAAUGUUGGAGUUUUAAUGAGUAAGUUAUUGACUAUGUAUGCAAAUCGAAAAAGUACAAGAUUAUAAGUACCUAUGCAAACAGUAGAAUCUACAUAAAAAAUGGUUGAAGAAAAAAAUUUAAGAUAGAGUAAAAUAAAUAAAUUAAAAGAAUUUGAUUAUUUAAGAUAAAAUAAUAAAGGGUAUUGA